AUGGAUGUCCCUGGCUUCGCAUUGAUAACGGGGGCGGCGUCAGGGAUCGGGAGAGCCUGCGCACUAGGAUUCGCUAAGGAGGGCUCGGCUGGAAUCGCACUGCUGGACCUCAACGCAGAUGCCUUGGCCGCCGUGGAAGCUGAAGUUCGAGAGAAGAGCCGGCAAAAAUCAUUCCAAGUCCAUACAUACGCCCUUGACGUCUCCAAGGAGGACCAGGUCAACCACGCUGUCAAAGACGCGGCUCAGAAAUUCGGCAGGCUCGACUAUGUCGUCAACGCGGCGGGCAUUGCGCUGAAGCACGAGGGUGGAGCUGCUUUUUGCAAAACGGAGGAGUGGCAGCGCGUCAUGGACAUCAACAUCAACGGCACAUUCUUCGUCCUGCGAGCAGCGGCCGAGAUUAUGCUGAAGCAGGACCACAUCCUCUCCACUAUCGAUGGAAGGCCUCUACAGCGGGGCUCUAUUGUCAAUUUCAGCUCAAUUCAAGGCGUGGUCGGCAUCACUCUGUCCACCGCAUAUACAACGUCUAAGCAUGCUAUCAUCGGUCUUACGCGGACGGCAUCGGAGGACUAUGCCAACAAGGGUCUGCGGGUAAAUGCCAUUUGUCCUGGAUAUACCGAGACUCCGAUGACUACUAAGUCGCCGGCUGUGCUCAAAGCAAUGCAGGAACGCAUUGAGACCGCUGUCCCCAUGCAGCGCAUGGGCAAUCCCUCUGAAAUAGCGGAUGGUGUUUUAUAUUUGGCUGGGGGCAGAAGUUCGUUUGUUACUGGCUCGGCUCUUGCGGUGGAUGGAGGCUAUACUUCACGAUAG